AUGGCCGUGCUGUGGAUUGUAGGAUUGCUGAUCUCUUCCUGUGCCGGACAGCUAUUAAACGAUACUUACGGUGGUCUUACUAAGCAGGUGACCGAAACGCCUUCAACACAAGUCGCUCAGUGGAACAGUUUGAAGCGCUAUUCGAUGUAUUACGGUGGAUCGGGUGCGCAAACCGCAUUGUCCAGUGUGCCUGCUAACCGUGGUUCGCUUUCAUCACGCAUGACAUCCGGCGUUGUUGGUGGCGUCAAGCUCAUCAUCUACUUGUUUCGACUGAUCGGUGAUUUUCUGCGAAAGUUCGGUGCUGAACUUCGGGUGGCCAAGUGUCUGCUGAUGUAUUCGUUCACAUUUCAACCGCUCAGCUCGAAGAUAGCCGGCGGUACGAUACAGAACUGGUUAACCGGUUACUUCGGGGCGGAGGACGCCCGCGAUCUGUACCGCUUUCUGUCCCGCACCCUGUUCGCUCAGCUGGGACUUUCAACGGAGGUGUGA